AUGUGUAUGCUGUGGAAGCGUCAGAAAUGGCUAGAUAUGCCCUUGGCACAAGUGUAUGUGGUCAUCAAAGGGAAAACUGAGGAUGUUGAGUUGCCUGAGAAGGCCGAUGUUUUGAUCUCUGAACCAAUGGGCACCCUAUUGGUCAAUCAGAGGAUGCUGGAAACAUAUGUUAUUGCUUGCUGGGGACCGUUUUCUGUCUCCGAACGGAAAAAUGUUUCCCGCAGUCGGAAGGCUUUCUUUUGGCAGCAACAGAACUAUUAUGGAGUUGAUUUGACACCUCUAUAUGGAUCAGCACACCAGGGUUAUUUUUCCCAGCCUGUGGUUGAUGCAUUUGAUCCGAGAUUAUUGGUGGCUCCCUCGAUGUCUCAUGUGAUAGAUUUCACUCGGAUGAAGGUAUGGCUAUCCGGUUCCACAGUUUUCCUUGCAUUUGACGAACUCAUUUUGGUUUCAUAUUUAUGGAAUCUCUAUGUGUAG